CCGUGGGACGCGCACCAACUGGAAAUACUAUACCUUGAGUUAUUAGCUUCCAAGCCGGCGCAAGGGAACCUGGGAGUUGUAGUCUUUCCGGCGCCCUCGGCUAGGUUAGAUCAGCGCGGCGGAACUUCAAUUCCCAGGACCGCUGUAUUAUACUACAAGUUCGGCGUGGUAUGCUGGCACUGUCAGCGCGUAAGUCACUCACCGGCAACCGCCGAACAGAAAGUUUCCGCGUUAUCGAGACACGGGAAGAUGACUGGAAAGGAAUUCGAAUUCUAAAUGCGCCGGAAAACCAGGGAAGCCAAAAGCGCGGCUGACGAGAUGAUGUCAUAAGUGCGGUUACGGGAACUAGGAAAAGCCAUACGGAGCCUGGGGAAAUGUCAGCUGUGCGAGUCACUUUCCAGGUCCGCGGAACAACACUGCCAGGGGAGGUUAUUGCACUGUGUGGUAACAAUGAUGUUCUGGGUUUCUGGAAACCUCAAAAUGCAGUAAUCCUACAACCUGAUGAUAAUGAUUGUAACCUUUGGAAAACAAGCGUUCAGCUUGCUGUAGGAAUUCCACUGAAAUAUCGAUAUUUUAAAGGUUGCUUUCUGGGACCAAAGAAUACCAGGGAUCAAUGCCAAGUCAUAAUUCACAAGUGGGAGACCCAUCUGCAGCCUCGAUCAAUAAAGCCUUUAGAUGAUGAAUACCUUAUAGAUGAUGGAGAAUUUGGAGUCCACAAUGGCGUUGAAACUUUAGAUUCCGGAUGGCUGACAUGUCAGACAGAGCUUAGAAUACGUCUACAUUAUUCUGAAAAACAACCUGUCUCUAUUUCUAAAAAAAAAUUUAAAAAGUCUAGGUUUAGAGUGAAGUUGACCCUGGGAGGCUUAGAAGAAGAAGGUGAAGAUGAAGAGCAAGAUGCUGUUUCUCCUGUUCUUCUUCCAAAGAUGGCUAGCACAUUUGACAUCUCAUUAAUAAGCAAUACAGAGUACAAGUCUCGUCACUCCCAGCCAGAAUGCGGUUAUGCCCUGCAGCCUGAUCGCUGGACAGAAUUCAGUAUACACACCAUGGAACCAGACAAUUUGGAACUACUUUUUGACUUUUUUGAGGAAGAUCUGAGUGAAGCUGUGGUGCAAGGUGACACUCUUCCGGGGCAUGUAGGAACUGCAUGUCUUCUGUCAUCUGCAAUGACAGAGAAUGGGAAAAGCAAUGGAGUUCUGACCCUUCCCAUAAUGAGCAGAAAAGCAAGACAGACACUUGGGAAAGUUCGAGUGGACUAUAUUGUUAUUAAGCCAAUCCAAGGCCAUAACUGUGACUUGAGCAUUUCCUUCUCCAAAUACUGGAAGCCAAGAACACCACUAGAUGUUGGACACAGAGGUGCUGGGAACUCCACCACAACUGCAAAAUUGGCUAAGGUUCGUGAGAACACAGUGGCUUCCCUAAAGAACGCUGCCAGCCAUGGGGCAGCCUUUGUUGAAUUUGAUGUUCACCUUUCCAAAGAUCACGUCCCUGUCAUAUACCAUGAUCUUACUUGUUGUAUAUCAAUGAAAAAGAAAGUAAAUUCUGAUUCUUUGGAGCUAUUUGAGAUCCCUGUAAAGGAGCUUACUUAUGACCAGCUGCAGCUAUUAAAACUUGCACAUGUUAACGCACUAAAAUUUAAAGACCAUCAUGAUUCCAUUGAUGAAGAGUCUUCCAUUUCAGACAACCAGCCUUUUCCAUCUCUUCAGACGGUUUUAGAAUCUGUCCCUGAAGACGUUGGGUUUAAUAUAGAAAUCAAGUGGAUCUGCCAGGAAAGAAAUGGCAAAUGGGACGGCAAUCUAUCCACUUAUUUUGACAUGAACCUUUUCUUGGAUAUUAUUUUAAGAACCAUUCUGGAAAAAGCUGGCAGGAGGAGGGUGGUGUUUUCUUGCUUUGAUGCAGAUAUUUGCACAAUGGUUCGGCUGAAGCAGAACAAAUACCCCAUACUCUUCCUGACGCAAGGGCAUUCUGAUAUUUAUCCAGAGCUGAUGGAUCUAAGAUCUCGUUCAACUCCAAUUGCAGUUAGUUUUGCUCAGUUUGAAAGCCUCUUGGGAAUUAAUGUGCACACUGAAGAUCUCCUGAGGAACCCACAUUACAUUCAAGAAGCUAAAUCAAAGGGCUUAGUGGUAUUCUGUUGGGGAGAUGACACCAAUGAUCCAGAGAACCGGAAACUAAUGAGAGAAUAUGGAAUUGAUGGAUUAAUUUAUGACAGGAUAUAUGACUGGAACCCUGAACAGCCAAAUGUAUUCCAGGUUGAGCAGAUGGAGCGUCUCAAGGGAGAACUUCCAGCAGAAAUGUUGAAAAGCUGCAUCUGUCCUGUCAUUAACCACUUCUGCACCUCUUCUGCCUGCCCCAAUAACCGGAUGCUUGUGGACACGAAUGGCAUCUCUAACCAACAGCCAGUUUAAGUCUUAAGCUUCCACUAGCUUCUCAGGGCUGCAUGUGCUGCGUACACUUACCUUUGUUGCCCUAUUAAAGCAAUGACACACAUGGUAGUUAUUGUCUUUAAAACCUGCUUGGACCCAAGUAGUUUGGCUAAAUAUGUUCAUAGGCCAGAUGUAAUUAUCAUUCCUGUAUACAAUCACAUUUUUACACUGAGAAUUCAGUGUCAUUGAUGCAUUCAAAUAGCUGUCAAAUUUGUAUUUUUUUGUGUACGAAAUGAAUGCAAGACUUAACCACAGUACCUCGAAGGCAGCGAUCAUCUGCUUUUAAGUGCAAUACUGAAUGUUCAUCUAGCAGCUGUACCCUAUAUGCACAUUUACCGCUGUACUGUAGCACGUAAUUAUGUCUGGCCAGUGCAUGUUACCUCAGAAGCAAUCUUUUGCACAGCUAAUUACAUUAGUACCAAACUAAUGUACCGUAUAAGAAAAUAGUGUUUUGAAAUAUGGUGCCAUACUUGCUGUAAAUCCGUUCGUGGCUGUCUCGACCACCCUGUGUGUCUCCUGUUGGUGGGAUCUAGUUGUGACCAAGCAUGGCUUGAUGAGCCAACUCUAUUUAUACAGAAACGAAUGUAGAGCAAAGGGUUCCAAUCUCACACAGCCCACCAACUCUUAGGAACUAAAAAUCCCAGCAACCUCAGCUAGCUGCCUGCUGCAAGUGCUUUCAGCUGUAGUUAAAGAAAAAAGAAUACACUCAGUUUACAAGAAGGGUGAUAUUCUGUAUAUUUUACUAAUUAUCAGACUGUAACUUAUAUGAGUUUAUCUUACUUUGCGCACAAACAUUCCUUUAAUUCAGUUUAUAAUGCAAACUGUCUUUGACCACUUCAAGUGCCAUGCUACUGAGGCUUUAUGAAAAAUGCAGCAGAAAAAGUGACUACUUCUGCUCUCCUGUAUAUCAACUAUGUCCUUGCUAAAGUAAAAUAAUAGGUUAAGCACUACUAAUAAAUAGGUUUUCAUUACAGCUCUAUAAUCACCGCUGCUCCUGAUGUAUAUACAUAACAUAACGAAUACAUAGUAUAGCUACAACCCAAUAAUGUACAACUGAUAUAUAGUAUAAAUCUAACCCUGUCGUGUACAAAUGUAAGAAUAUCCUACCUACUGCCUGUGCCCUUAAUAUAGGAAAUAUCUUAAAAUAAUUUGCUUUAUAAAGAAUAAAUGUGGGCAAUAUAUGUAUAAUAUAUUGCUUGCAUCUACUGCUAAUAUAAGUGCAAGAAGUUAGUAUGAAACAGUAACUUAUGACAGCUAGUAAGCUAGUGUAUGAAGUUCAGGUUGUGAUCCAUUUUAUUCACCCAGGUAUUAAAAUAUAUGCAAGCUAACACUGUCCUAUUCUCUAAAGCAACAAUCCUCAGUGCUGACAUAGUAACAGUGUCAAAUGGUCCUUCUAGGGCCCCCCAGAGAGAUUCCCUGGUAUCCUGGCAGGCCAGUCUAACCGUGCAGAUAGCUUUCUGGUUGCAUGAUCUGCCUUUCCAUUCUUCCAUUUACCUACCUUGAACCCUAUUUAUUAAAUUGCAAACAACAGUGACUCCAUCAUGUUCUCAUUUUUUGUAGCUGUGAGGGGUCCCAUGAUCUUGCACUCACGGCCUCUUGAACGUAUUCUUUAAAUUCUGUUUUGUAAAUACAUAUUUCCUCUGUGUGUGUAUGCCUCACAUUUUCAGAUGUAAAAUUUCCUAUUUGAUAGCAAAGUAUGGCCAUAUGAGUUCCUUUCUACUGAAUAAAAGGAGGGAUUUUUUUCUUUUCA